AUGGCAGAUGAUAUCGAUUGGCAGGAGUUUAAUGAGAUUGCAAUUAUAAAUACUCCGGUGACAUAUUACAACUACUUCAUAAAGACGUUGCAUUUUUGUGAUGUGGGCACCAGAUGGAGUAACGCUUUGACGUUUUUUCAAACGGCUGUUGCGGAAGAACUAGCCAAGGGAUUUGUGACUUAUGAUAUUGCGAGGUUACCACAUAAUUUGAUUCGAAACCGAUAUUUGGACGUCUUGCCAUACGAUGAUACUCGGGUCGAAAUAACCGUCACGGAAGACAACCCACAAGGUUAUAUCAAUGCGAACUACGUUUACCUUCCCGAAGCUAUGCGGAGGUAUAUUCUUUGUCAAGGACCAUUGGAUGUAACCAACGCCGAUUUCUAUGAUAUGGUGGUUGGGCAAAAGGUUAAAAGCAUUAUAAUGCUCAAUAAAGUGAUCGAAGGCGGCAAGAAUAAGUGCGCCAAAUACUUUCCGACGUCAGAAGAACCCACACAUCAAUUCGGCCAGUUCAAGAUUACACUUAAAAGCGAAUUAUAUGUUAAUGAAUCAAUAUGCCAUCGAGUACUUAAGAUUGAGACAACUUCUAAUAAUGAGGUUCAUGAAGUUAACCACCUGUUAUACACCGAAUGGCCAGAUUUUGGAGUUCCGACUUCGCCCACCUGCUUUUUGCAGAUGUUGCAAUAUGCAAGGCAAUCAGGUCUUCUCCCAAAUAAUGUCGAUGAACCGCCAACUGUUGUGCAUUGUUCUGCUGGAAUUGGACGAUCUGGAACGUUUGUUUUUGUUGAUUCAAUUAUUCGAAUGGCUGAACUUGGAUUCGAGCUCAGCUAUACCUUUGCACAGCAUGUUUUAAAUAUGAGAAGAUACCGGUUUGGACUCAUUCAGACUCCAUUUCAACUUAAAUUUGCUGUGAUCGCUGUUCUAAGAGCUCUUAUUGAAAUCGUUCAUGUCGAUGUCGAACACGCAAAGGUGGUAAUGCGUCGAACGCUCGAAGAAGAACGAAGACGAGACGAAGAAAAUCGAAACCGCUUUUUGGCUCUUCUGCCGGAGCCUGAUCCGCAUAUUCUGGAUGACGAAUACUAUGAAGAAGACGAAGAUGAACCAGGACCGGUCCCACGUUCACAAGAUCCGAAACAAGAAGAAGAAGAAGAAGAAGAGUCGCAACAAGAUCAAAGCCAAAAAGUCGAAGAAGCUAAACCGGAACCAGAAGGAAACAGUGCAAUAUUGCAAGAAGCACCUCAGCCCGGAACAAGCGAGCUUGCAUGCGAUGACCAACCAAAGGAGAAACUCGAAGGCGGGAAAGAGUUGGAGGAAGGGGCCGGCAAGAAGACUGUUAAGCGCAGGGCAUCGUCACCUAGCGACGACGCUCAAGCGGACGAAAAGGAGGGCGAGUCGGACUCGGACUCACUCUCGAAAAGACGUGCGAUGAUCGCCGAAAUGGUUCGAAAAAGUCGUGCUGCUGAGAAUCGAGCCUCAUAUGGAACUGUGUGGAAAGUGACGGCGGCGGUUAGUGUCGUCGCCGUCGCGAUCGUCUCCGCAUACUUUGCACGAUACGCGAAAUCAUAG